GGUCAGGUCGCGUCACUUGUUCAAUGAACUGGCCGAUGAGUCUGCCGGUCGUCUCCACGGUGUUGAGUGGUGGAUCGAAUAAAUGCGUUGAACGCUAGCCUCUUCUGCUUCUUGCUUCUUUUCCAACACCUGAUGGUUGUUUGUUUCUCUUGGCUUCCAUUCUUCGAUAUCCAUCACGCUUUUCUUCUUCACCUUCUCGACUUUCUUUUAUACAUACUUUACACACAAAUCGCUCCACUGGAGCAAUUGAUCUAUGUUCAUAGAUUUUUUUUUUUCUUUUUCGGGUUAUUUAAAUCCACAUUUAUAUUCGGCGAACAAGAAGCAGCAUGCUGGACGCAUCUUAUCUAUGACACGAUACCACGACACUGGGACGGGCGCAUUGCAGAUUGGACGGAAUCGGGUAUUCUAUCUGAUCAGGGCUAGGUAGCAUUGAUUAGGGGGAAAUGAUAAAAAAGUUUAUUCUCUCAAAGUUCACGCGCAUGGUAUAUCUUCUCCCGUAGACUCGUAUUCCUGUCUACUACUCGAACCAGUAAGUAAUACAGAGACAGCUGGGUCUCACAUGAUCUCUUGUUAUAUACUCC